AGUGUGCAUAUGUGGUAUCGAUGGGCAACCACAAGACACAUGGGCAAAAGUACUCGACAAUCAGCAUCUUGGCAUAUUCGAUUCUGAGGGAUCGUUGAAAAGAUGCCGGACCCUAGUGUAAGAUCAGAAUUUGAUGGAUCGGCAGGGUGUUUCAAUAAGUGCAUAAAGGUUGCGUGUAGAUCUAAAAAAGAAACAAUGACUUUUGUACUGAGCUUGACUGACUCUUCAAAAGUUUGGAUACUUAAAAUGGAAUUUAGAGGGAAGUGCAAUGACAGUGUGGUCACUAAGGGUAUCAUGUUUUUAAAACGCCGUUGACAAGAAAUGACGCAAAGCCCCAGAUUGCGUUGUCGUGGUCUAGGUACUGCCUGACUCUCCGCCGACACUAGGUUGGACCGUGGAUAAGGAGAAACAAGCAGGAAAGAUUAUCAUCUUCAUCUUGCUUCUGAAUUGUUGGUUUAACAGAGCGUAGGUAAACGGGUUGACGGUAGAGUUGAACAUAACGGUUAGGAAAGAAAUAGGCAAAACGGCCGUGUUAUAGUCCACGGAUGCAUAGGCAGUGUACGACACAAUGUAAAUGGUACCAGCUGUGCACCAACAUAUGCCAAAUAUAGCACUGACAGUAACCACCAUCAAAGUGACCCGCUUUCUCACUCUUAUCACAACCUGUAAAUAAAACAAAGAUAAUUUGGUUACACAUUUCCGACGCGAGAGAUAACAUUGUUCAAUAAACAUGUGUACGGUCGUAGAUGUGCAAAAUUCAUAUCGUCCUUCCCUUCUUCUUAACCCAAACAAAAGAGGAAAAUUAAAGUGAAAGUAAAAGGGGAAAAGGGUAACAAAGUGGAGAUGUUGGGGUGAAAUCUGCUUCAUUUUGUGGAAGCUAUACAAACUCGCCACGUGGCUAACGACAUGAGGUAAAGCUUCUCAGACUGCUAUUGCUGCAGGUAUAUUAACUACUUAAAUUUGCUAAGCCGCCAACAUUUGGCUUUGUAGCUCAGUUGGUAAAAAUGACCAGCUGGCAUCUGGAAAGCACCGGUUCGAAUUGCGUCGAAGCCUGGAUAUCUUUAGGCUUCUUUGUCUCUAACUCUUGUAAAUGCAGCUUACUUGGAAACAUCGUUUCUCUACUUCACUGAUAUCAUCUGCAGGUCAAAAUAUAUGAUUUAUUUAACUGUUACCAUUUGCUGCUGCGUCAGCUGAUCUUGGUCUUUACCCUUGAUCCACAAGUUGUACACGACUCUACAGUACAGAAAGGCCAUCAAAGCAGUGGAAAACGCUGGAAGAAGAAACCACGACCAGCUCGUCGCCUUUGCCAUCCACUCUUUUGGGAAGAGCUGUGCGCACUUGUUUGCUCUCUCAUCAAGGCCGACUGCCAGGAGCAACGGGAUGUUGAAUAAGGUGGAUAAAAUCCAAGAACUAGCAAUGAUAACCUGAAGUGAUCAAACAUACAGCCCUGAGUUGAUGUGACAAUGCUAUUUAAAUGAUUUUGCUAUAGAAGCAAGUGAUAUAGAAGCUUUAAAAGAAACCUUCCCAAGUAACUCUGAGGAAGAAAUUGCCCAAGCCCUUGAAAAUACCAGCUCAAGGAACGAAGCUGCUGAAAAACUUUUAACAGCUGACUCAAACAUAGAACCAAUUGAUGGCAUUUGUAGCCUUGAUGAUAUCUUAAGCAUGCUGUACAAGAGAGUAAAGCAGCAUGAGCAAUGUGAAGUUAGAGUAAGCAGGCAGGAUCUUUUGGUGGAUGGCAUUAGGCAGCUAUGACGGAAAAAAAAGUUUGUUGGGCCUCUUGACAGUGCAGUUCUUUGGAGAGUCAGGGAUAGACACUGGAGGGCUCCGAGAGGAGUUUUUAUCUGCAUUUAUAAGUGGAAUUCAGACCAACCUAUUUGAGGGCAUUCAACUUAGUGGUCUGUCACCUGCACCUCAUGUUGAGGCUGUGGAGAAUGGCUCCUUCAAAGUUGUUGGGCAAGUUAUGGUUAUGUCAAUUCUCCAGGAGGGUCCACCGCUUGCCUUUUUAGCCAACUGGGUAUACCACUAUCUGUGUACUCCCGAUGUCACAGCCAUAUCACUAAUAGAUGAUGACAUUGCUAAUCCAGACAUCAGGACUUUAGUGAAAAGGGUAAAAGAAGUGAACAGUAAAGAGGAACUGCAAGCCAUUUUCCAAGAAGACACAAACAUGGAUGUGAUAAUGAAUACUGGCUUUACAUCCACAAUUUCCUUAGAGAAAAAAGACACUAUUGUAAGGAUUAUAACACUUCAAAACACAAUUAUGAGGGUGAAAGCUGAACUAGACCAAAUGAGGGAAGGACUUAGGCUGCACGGGUGCCUGGCCAUGAUGGAAGAAUACCCAUCACUCAUGGAGAAACUCUUUGUGCCAGGAGAGGAUUAUACUGUGACGUCUACAUUUUUGAUGAACUCAUUAACAGCUGAAUACUCAGAGCCUGGAUCAACAAGGAAACUACAGGAAACAGCUGUAAUGGCUUACUUCAAUAGAACUGAUAUGUUGAAGAAAGAGAAGACAACUUGAGCGAGUCUACCAACAGCACUGGUGGUGUUACAGAAAUUUUUCAGUUUCUUACUGGAAAAACUACAAUGCCAAUUGUACCUACUGAGAAGAACAGUUUUGCCAUAACAGUAAGGUUUAUGCACUGCAGCAAUGACCACCAAAUUUGCUUCCCCACCGUUUCUACUUGUGCCCUUUGGGUACAGUUACCUGUUGCUCAUAUGACCACUUUCAGUGAUUUUAAAUUUAACAUGGACACUACAAUAAAACAUGAAAAGACCUUUGGAAGAGCUUAUUAGAUGACUGCACUCAGUCUGUACUGGCGACCUCAUUUAAUAAGUGCUUGUACAACUUUAAAACAAUAAAACAUGGCUGCCAAGUCCCACCACCGAGGAAACUGGGACUUUAUUAAUUAAUCGUAUUGUGCCACCAAGAAACAUUGUUGAAACUCUGUAACUUGUAACCAGUGAAAACAUCUUGGAGAGACAAAAAACCAUUAAAAAAUGUCAGUAAAAGCUAUUUUCAGUCAAAUAUACUGCUGUUAACUAGCGCUAUUGGGUGAAAAAAUAUAUUAUUAAAAUUAAGUGAUUUUA